AUGACCCGGCCGCAGUUUGUUCGCGCUGACACAAUUGACCUCCAAGCGCACGAGACACCGUCCGCCCAGAAGCACCACAGGCCGACCACCGACGGGUCGCUCGCACCACACCAAGCUGAGACGCUCCGUGAGGUCGCGGCGGAGGCUGCUGAGGAAUAUCUCCGGAGUCCCCAUCUCUCGUGGAACGCCAACGCGGACGAUCCCCAGCAACACGCCCACGUCUUCGAUUCCGCCGCCGGUGGCCAACAUCACGGUCUUACGGACAACAUGCCUGUCGGGGCCCAACAGGACGCCCUGGCAAUUGCCCAGAAUGGUGGCCUCUCUGGUCACGACGCUGAUGAGGCGGAUUUGGACGGCGAUGCGGAGGUCGACAUGGAAGACGACAUGGACAAGAUCUCCAGCUCGCCUUCAAUCGAGGAUGGUGGGUCAACCCUCACUCUUGCAACUCUCACUUUCAGCAAGCCGGGACCCCUCUCGCAGCCGGCAACAAGGCAUGGCCCGUCGGCUUCGCCUGAUGUCUGUGACACGAGGUCGUCUUCACCAUACCUUGCAAGUCCUGACUACAUGCCAUUGAGGAGAGAGGGGCGAGAAGCGGACGGGCGCGUGGUUGAGCAGUCAUCUUCCUUUCCCAUUAGAAGUCGCCAUCAUCAUCUUGACGGUGAGUCCGAAGCGAACGGCAACACCGAAGACGAUGCCUCUCACGAAAUUUGCAGCCUCCCAGAAAAUACCGAAUACGACCGCGAUGGGUUCUGGGCGGGUGCGAGAGACGAACUCCUCGCGCAGGAGGACUCUAACGGCGAAUGCAAUUGGGCGAUCAUUCCAAAGGUUGACAGCGAUGACGAGGCGCAGAACAGGGAGGACGGUGACGACCUGACGGUACCUUACGAGUCCGACGACGAAGAUGAUGAUGGCGACUUCCUUGGCCUUUCUGAUACCAGAUUCAUCGACUCCGGCUGGGGUGGCGAGUGCUUACAAGACACAGAGGACAUCGACUUCGAUUUCGUCUAUGCCCUCCACACCUUUGUGGCGACGGUCGAAGGGCAAGCCAAUGCGACAAAAGGGGACACGAUGGUCUUGCUUGACGACAGCAACAGCUAUUGGUGGCUAGUGCGGGUCGUAAAAGACAGCAGCAUCGGCUACCUGCCGGCGGAACACAUUGAGACGCCAACGGAGCGGUUAGCCCGGCUGAACAAACACCGAAACAUCGAUCUUUCCAUGACGAUGCUCACAGACCAGGUCGACAAGGCCCGGGACCCGAAUCCUAUUAGGUCGGCCAUGAAGAGACGGAAGACCAAGACAGUUCAGUUCGCUGCUCCGACAUAUGUUGAUUAUUCUGAGGCCGAAUAUUCGACCGAGGAGGAAGACGCGGAGGCUGAGCCCUUCGCACCACAGCAGCAACAGCAAGGGCAGCAGAACCAACAGUCUCAACACUCAGUCAGCGACCUGGAGAUGGAGGAUGAGACAGCCAAGGUCGAACCGUUGAAGCCGAAGUCGCAGCAGAAGCAAGCCAAGGUCGAUUCCAAGAGGCAAGAGGCUCGCGGCGACAACGCUUCCUCAUCAACCAACAAUAAGACCGUGUCCAGAGUAGUCGAGGAGGGUUCCGAGCCCAGGACAUCGUCAGAUGGGCCCAAGAAGACAAGAGACGGCACCGUUCGGGACUCGUUCUUCAAAGACGACACUGUCGAGACCAAGAAGAUCACACUCACUCCGAACCUGCUGCGUGACGACAACGGGCCACGGACGUCGAGCGAAUCGAGGGAAAUGAAGCAGCGUCCUAGCCUAGACAAGCUCGAGAAAGACAACGUACUCGGUAAGGACGACAAAAAGAAGAGAAAGGAGAAGGAGAAGGAUAAGAAACCGGGCGGCCUGAGGGGCUUCUUCUCCCGGAAGGAUAAGAAGUCGAAAGGAGACGAGGACGACGAUUCCUUUGGCAAACGGUCGAUGGAAGUCGACGCGCAAGAGAAGGACAUAGAGGAUGACGAAUUGCGCCCAUCGCCAGAAAAGGGGGCUCCCCAGAGGCAUCCAAGCAAGUUGCAGAAACAGCAGCCCAGGUCUGAGCCGUCGCCCACAAGGAGAUCAAACAGCACCAGGGAGAACGGCGUGGAUGUCAAGGCUUUCUUGUCAGAAAGCAGGGUCAAUAAUGUCGCCAACGUUCCCCCGACCUCGAUGCGUAUCGUCGAAUCGAGCCCGAAGGUGUACCCCGAAGCCAAUUCCCGAGAUCAACCAAGAGACCGCGAUGCGUCUCCUAUCAAGAGUCCGCUGUCGAAGGCUUCCAAUGCAGAGGCGAAGCCGGCGGCGACCACUGCCGCAAGGUCUUCUAUGGAACUUGAUGUCUCUGACUCGGACGAGGAUGCCACAACCGAGAUGGCCCAGCAGUCUCGUGUGCGCGAGGAUGCCGUUCUGCCGCAAACGCGACCACGGGGCGACCCGCCGGAAGCUGGCCCACCAGCCUCAAGGAGUUUACAGCCGGCAGGCAGCACAUCUGCGGUCGGCACACCACAUCAACAGACGACGGAGCGCCUGUCGGAAUCGCCGGUCCAGGUCUCGCCGGUCAACAACAACCCGCCAGCGCUGAUGGUAGACAACUCGAGCCAGGAAGAAGACCGUGCCUCACCCCGGUCGACGCCGUCUCCGGAGCUUAUCGAGCACGAGGAUGCCGACACGCCUGACCACAAGACCUUGCAGACCCCGUCGACGACGAGAUCCGAGUCUUGGGAUGACGCCAGCCUGCGCGCCUUCUUUGACUCCAGCUCCGAUAUUCGGGACUUGCUCGUCGUGGUGUAUGACAAGAGCAAUGUUGAUCCGGUUGGAUCGGAUCACCCGGUUGCGAAUUCGCUUUUUAGGGAGCAGAAUGCUAAGUUAGCUGAGAUUACAACACGACUCGAUGAUAUGCUUGGCGACUGGCUCGCUCGUAAGCAAAGAUCAAGGGGCGCCGUAUGA